AUGUCUGUCAACGUGUCCAACUGCAACGCAGAAGUUGCACCUCGUGAAGUUCGAGGCAGCUUAGUAGCAUCGCAGCAGCUCGCUAUCACAGGCGGAAUCAUGGUUAGCUUCUGGAUCGACUACGGGACCAACAAUAUUGGCGGCACUGGGAGCUCCCGGUCAGAUGCAGCAUGGCUAGUACCCAUGUGCUUGCAGCUGAUACCUGGAUUGGCGCUCGGCAUAGGGGUGCUUUUUAUGCCGUUCAACCCUAGGUGGCUGGUGAAUCACGGCCGAGAAAGUGAAGCCCGCAACGUAUUGUCCAGCCUUCGUAAUUCGAGCGCAGAACAUGAGCCGAUCGAGCUUGAACUCCUGGACAUCAGGGCACAAUCGGUCUUCGAGAAACGGACCACGGCUAGCCAAUGGCCACACCUUGUGGAGCUUACACCUUGA